GUGUCGACCUGUCUGUCUCUCAUAGACUCAGCAUUACGCUCUUCAGUCGCCAAGUUGCAAACUUGCAACAACAACAAACGUUUGCCCAGUUACCACUUCAGCCCAUAGACUUCUCCGCCCUCUGAUUGACAACAACCUCGUCAACUCGGAUAUGCUCCAAACUCCAAAGCAUCAUCUUCCUCUCGAAAAAUGUCGGUCUGAGAGUGUUCUAGUAGAAUAACUGAUGGGUGGGAAGAGUUCAAAACGUUCAACUUCGAGACAUCCUUCUUUUGGGACCGGAUCACGUUCUUGGAGUCAUCAGAGUUAUCAAGAGGCACCAUAUGCACAGCCACCAUUGAUACCAUCAUAUGCACCGCCAAGCCAGGACUACCGGCCACAGCAGUAUUAUGCACCUCCACCUCAAAGCCAUGGCAGUGCUUGGCCAACAGGGUCGGGUACAAAGUUUGGGAGAAUAAAUGAUGAUUACAAUAGCCUGGACCAGGUCACGGAUGCAUUGGCGCGUGCUGGUCUUGAGUCAUCCAAUCUUAUUGUUGGCAUUGAUUUCACAAAAAGCAACGAGUGGACAGGUGCAAGGUCAUUUCAUCGGAAAAGCUUGCAUCACAUUGGAGAAGAGCAAAAUCCCUAUGAACAGGGAAUAGCAAUUAUAGGGAAAACAUUGUCUUCCUUUGAUGAAGAUAACUUGAUUCCCUGUUUCGGAUUUGGAGAUGCAUCUACCCAUGACCAAGAAGUUUUCAGUUUCUACCCGGAUGAGGGAUCUUAUUGCAAUGGUUUUGAAGACGUAUUGAGACGAUAUAGAGAAUUAGUCCCUCAGCUACGACUUGCCGGUCCCACAUCCUUUGCCCCUAUUAUUGAAAUGGGCAUCACUAUUGUUGAGCAAAGUGGCGGUCAGUACCAUGUGUUGGUGAUAAUAGCUGAUGGGCAGGUGACCAGGAGUGUUGAUACCGAGCGUGGCCAGUUAAGCCCGCAGGAAAGGAAAACUGUUGAUGCAAUUGUUAAAGCGAGCGACUAUCCCUUAUCAAUUAUACUAGUUGGUGUCGGAGAUGGACCAUGGGAUAUGAUGAAAGAAUUUGAUGAUAACAUCCCUGCUCGGGCCUUCGAUAACUUUCAGUUUGUGAAUUUUACGGAAAUUAUGGCAAAGAAUAUAGACCGUUCGAGAAAAGAAGCAGAAUUUGCUCUUGCAGCACUGAUGGAAAUACCUUCCCAGUAUAAAGCAACACUAGAACUUAAUAUACUAGGUGCCACAAGAGGGAAGGCUAUAGAUAGGAUACCUCUGCCCCCACCUCAUUAUGGUUCGUCUUCUUUUAGCUCCCCCAAAACUUCACGAUCAAGUAGUUUUCGUCCAAGUGCACCUUCUAGGCAACGUGAUGAGUUUGUUAGCACAGCACAUCCUGCCGGUUCAACUUCCGACAAUCAUGUCUGUCCCAUUUGCCUAACCGAUCCGAAGAAUAUGGCAUUUGGCUGUGGACAUCAGACAUGCUGUGACUGUGGAGAAGAUCUUGACUUAUGUCCCAUAUGCAGAACCAGCAUAAUCACCCGAAUAAAGCUCUAUUAAAUGUUGACAUGAAAUUUGGACCGCUGCAACUUCAACUCUGAGUUCAUUUCCAUUCCUUGCAAUGUCUUCCAUCAAGAGGAACUGAGUCCCUUGUACAUAUCUUCCCUUUUCCUGGAUGAAGGAUGUCGACAUUUGGAGAUAUUGGUCGGACUUGGACGCCGACAGCUAGAAUUGCUCCUAUGGCGACUUCUGUGUUUGAAUUUGUGUUUCAUGUCGUUGUUUUCGCGUCUACUUAUUUCCACUUUUGUCCAAUUAAAUUCAACUAAUAACUGGUUGUAUGCCUCAUAUAUGUACACAAGACAUAUUUUGUAAUCAGUCAGUAGUAAAUCUCACCUUGUGGCUUGUCUA